CCUAUACGCAUAUGCUAAACUUAGAUAAUAAUGGACGUAUUACCGUUGAAUUUUCGAAGUCUACAGUACUGCGGCAUCUGGUAUGAAUUUCCGGAGCACUUAUGGCUCAUCAAGACAGUUUAUAGGACGUUCAUCGUUGUUGUGAUUUUUUCCUUUACUCUCUCGGAACUCAUAGAACUGGCUCUGACUUACGACGACUUGCAAAACUUAACAGAGUGUCUCUUCUUGGCCCUGACCUUUUUGGCGCUGUGUUUUAAAAUGAUCAAUUUCAUGUGUCGACAAGAGAGUUUGAAAGCGCUUCUGAAUACUUUUCGAGAUGAAAUUUGUCAGCCGAAGACGUUGGAAGAAAAAGGACUAAUGUCCGGUUCUUCGCUUCUAAUCGUACCGCUUGUAAGUAUGGAAAACAGUAGGAUUAGCACACUUCCAAUGAAAGCGUAUCAACCGUACGAUGUUGAAGAUACAAUUUUAUUAAACAUAACGUAUUUUUAUCAAGUAUUUAGUACGUGGAUUGGUAUUAUCAUAAAUGUCAGUUUGGAUUUAAUGGUCUGUGGUUUUAUUAUUUUGAUUUGUGGUCAAUUGGAUCUUUGUUGUUAUAGAAUACUUUGCACAAAAACAAAAAUGUUUCACGAUAAUAAUGUAAGACAUCAUGCAGUAAUAGCAGAAGUUGUCAGAAGAGUGAAGUCGUUUUUUAUAGUCGUCAUCGUGCCUCUUUUUAUUUUUAGUUUAAUAACGCUUUGCACUAGUUUAUUUCAAAUGCCUGAGAAAGAAGUUUUGAGUCUCGAAUUCUUCUCAUUGUUCAUGUACUUAUCGUGCAUGUUGUUUCAAAUUUUUAUAUAUUGCUGGUUUGGAAAUGAAUUGCAACUGAAGAGUAAAACAAUAGUCGACGCAGUUUACCAAAGCGACUGGACGGAUUUAACGCCAAAGCUGAGGAGACAUCUUCUAUUCACUAUGUUUAUAAGUCAAAAUGGAUUGACGAUAUCGUUUCACGGACAAUGCAGCCUUUCCAUAAAUACAUAUGUUUCAAUACUGAAAACUUCGUAUGGUGUUUUCAAUUUGCUGCAAAAGACAUCGAAUAUCUGAAAGAUAUAAUUUAUAGUAACUUAUAUAUUCGAAUCAUAAGAUUCAUAUAACAAGAUAUUUUCCUAUAUUUAUGUGAAAUCUAUUUUUUUUUUUUAAAUAAUAUAUUUUUAUAACGACACAUUCAACGUUUUCGAGAAAAUAUAGAAAUAAAUAAUUGAAAAUCAGUUCAUACAGAUUUCAACGAGUAAA